ACUCCUUUCCCCCUGGAACGGGCCAGGCAGAAGGAGCAGUUCCGGCCACGUGGCUCAGGGGCUCCUCCUCCUUCUGAGUCCGGGGUCUUCAAAGGCACACCAUCCCCAUCCCCUCCCCUGCUCCGAAUUUCUGCAUCCACCAUUGCUGGGUUGAAGUCCUAUCCCAUGGAAAAGCCAGUCAGAAGAAGAAUCUGUAACUGUACGGCUGAAGGGCUGCUCCUCCACCUGAACACUAAUUUUCAUGAAGAGAUGCCAUAUUCCCCUCCACCUGCCCCCACUGGAGCAGAACAGGCAGAAGGAGCAACUAAGCUACAUGGCGCUGUGUCAAGUCCUUCCACCUAAGCUGCUACCCGAGCAUCCAUCUGAACUCUGGAUUGUUCGAAGAGAAACACCACAUGCCAUUACUGGGCUGAGCUCUGUUCAGCAAUAUCAGAAGAGGUGGAAGGAACAGCUGCUGGCACCAGAGGUUCCUUCUCCACCUAAACCCUGGAGGCUGCAAUGAGAUGACACCCGCCCACCAUCACAGGGGAGAAGCCUUGUUUUGCUGGAGUAAGGCAGAAGAAGCAGCACCAGCCAAGAGGUCCCAGUGCUUCUUUUGCACCUGAUCCUUGGAAUCCGCGAAGACAUUCUGCUCUCCCUCACUGCUUCCCCACCCUCCGCGUUGCUGGAAGAAAGCCCUCAUCUGUGGGAGCAAGGCCGGCAGAAAAGCCAUGACAGCAACCCAGCCCCAGAGUUCCCACCUCCCAAGUCCUAGCAUCUGUGAAGUGGUGCCCCUCUGCACCCCCACCUGACCUGCCAUUGCCGGGAAGAAGUCUGGAUCUGCGGGAGUAAGGCAGGAAGAAAGAGCAGUGGCACCUAGGAACCCCGGGGCCUCCUUGUCCACCUGUGAAGAGAGACCACUCCCUCUCCGACUUGCCCACCAGUGCUGGGUUCGGUCCUUCUACGGAGGGAGCAGAAGCAGCAGCAGCAGCUCUGUGGCCCCAGGGCUCUUCCUCCGCCUGAGAAACACCGUCCCCAAUACCUCCGCCCCACCCCUCCUCCUGGCCAUUGCUGAGGAGAAGUCCUGCCUCGUGGGAGUGGGACAGGCAGAAGGAGCAGCGAUAGCCACCCGGCCACAGUGCUGCCCCCUCCUGAGUCGCGGGGUCCACGGAGGGAUGCCGCCCCUCUCCCUUGCCUGCCAUCGCUGUGUGGUCAAGCCCUGUCCCGUGGGAGCGGGACAGGCAGAAGGUGGAGCUGCAGUGAGGAGCCUGAGAACUGUUCCUUUAACAGCAAUCCGCUGUACACUGGUAAAUUGCACAUGCGAAUGUUUCCAGCCUGGGAAGAUCAACCUGAGGACCUGUGACCAGUGUAAACAUGGCUGGGUGGCACAUGCUUUGGAUAAGCUCAGCACCCAACAUCUGUACCACCCUACUCAAGUGGAGAUCGUGCAGUCCAACGUAGUGUUCGACAUCAGCAGCCUGAUGCUCUAUGGUACUCAAGCUGUGCCCGUCAGACUGAAAAUAUUGCUCGACCGACUUUUCAGUGUACUGAAGCAGGAAGAGGUACUGCAUAUUCUUCAUGGCCUGGGCUGGACACUCCGAGACUACGUUCGUGGUUACAUCCUUCAGGAUGCUGCAGGCAAGGUGCUGGACCGCUGGGCCAUCAUGUCCCGAGAAGAAGAGAUCAUUACCCUUCAGCAGUUCUUGCGGUUUGGAGAAACCAAAUCUAUUGUAGAGCUGAUGGCGAUUCAGGAGAAAGAAGGGCAAGCUGUUGCGGUGCCGUCUUCAAAGACAGACUCAGAUAUAAGGACUUUUAUCGAAAGCAAUAAUCGCACCAGGAGUCCAAGUCUCCUUGCUCACCUGGAGAAUAGCAAUCCUUCCAGCAUUCAUCAUUUCGAAAACAUCCCUAACAGCCUCGCAUUUCUGCUUCCAUUCCAGUACAUAAAUCCAGUCUCUGCCCCACUGCUGGGGUUGCCUCCAAAUGGCCUCCUGCUGGAGCAGCCAGGGCUGAGGCUGAGGGAACCAAGCCUUUCGACCCAAAAUGAGUAUAACGAAAGCAGUGAAUCGGAAGUGUCUCCCACACCUUACAAGAACGAGCAAACGCCCAACAGGAAUGCCCUAACUAGCAUUACCAAUGUGGAGCCCAAAACGGAGCCAGCUUGUAUAUCCCCCAUUCAGCCAUCAGCGCCAAUUAACGAUUUAGCCAAAACCGAGCACGCAAAAAGCUCGUUUCGUAUCCACCGAAUGAGAAGGAUGGGUUCAGCAUCCAGGAAGGGAAGAGUGUUUUGCAAUGCGUGUGGUAAAACUUUCUAUGACAAAGGUACACUCAAGAUUCAUUACAAUGCUGUCCAUCUGAAGAUCAAACACCGCUGUACGAUCGAAGGCUGCAAUAUGGUCUUCAGCUCACUCCGAAGUCGCAAUCGCCACAGCGCUAACCCCAAUCCCCGCCUUCACAUGCCUAUGCUGAGGAAUAACCGCGACAAAGAUUUAAUUCGAGCCACAUCAGGCGCUGCCACGCCCGUUAUAGCCAGUACGAAAUCAAAUCUCACGCUGACGAGUCCGGGCCGGCCUCCAAUGGGUUUUACCACUCCUCCGCUGGACCCUGUGCUGCAGAAUCCGCUUUCGAGCCAGCUGGUGUUUUCCGGAUUGAAGACGGUCCAACCCGUUCCUCCAUUUUACCGAAGUUUGCUUGCUCCAGGGGAAAUGGUUAGUCCUCCGACCUCUCUCCCCACCAGCCCUAUCAUACCGACCAGUGGCGGAGCAGAGCCACAUCCCCCACCACCCUCUGAGCCGGUGGUUCCAGUUAUGAUGAUGGCAGCGCAUGAACCAAGUCCAGACCUGGCUCCCAAGAAGAAACCCAGGAAAUCAAGCAUGCCUGUCAAGAUAGAGAAGGAAGUCAUUGACACUGCUGAUGAGUUUGACGAUGAGGAUGAUGAGCCCAAUGAGAGUGGAGCCAUGGUCAGUGAAAUCGGACAUGACAACCACUGCCAUUCCCAUGAAGAAAUGAGCCCAGGUUUGUCCGUGAAAGAUUUCUCCAAACAUGCCAGGAGCAGGUGCAUCUCCAGGGCGGAAAUAAGAAGGGAAGACAGUAUGACGUCAGAGGACCAAGAGCAUGAGAGAGACUAUGAAAAUGAGUCGGAAUCUUCAGAGCCAAAGCUGUGCGAGGAAUCAAUGGAAGGGGAUGAUCGGAUUGAUACUGAAGUGAAUGACAAGCCCAUGAUGAAUAACGAGAGACCGGAUGAAAACCACAGUGAGCCUUCUCACCAGGAUGUCAUUAAGGUGAAGGAAGAGUUUACAGACCCCACAUACGACAUGUUUUACAUGAGUCAAUAUGGACUGUAUAAUGGGGGUGGUGCCAGUAUGGCUGCACUGCAUGAAAGUUUUACAUCAUCUUUGAACUACGGCAGUCCUCAAAAGUUCUCCCCAGAAGGUGACCUGUGCUCUAGUCCAGACCCCAAGAUCUGUUAUGUGUGCAAGAAGAGUUUCAAAAGCUCCUACAGUGUGAAGCUUCACUACAGGAACGUUCACUUGAAAGAGAUGCACGUCUGCACAGUGGCCGGUUGUAACGCCGCGUUCCCAUCUCGGAGAAGCAGAGACAGAAACAGAAAUUUACGGAUGGAAAGAACCAUAGGUCCAGGACAUCGGGACACUCUGCAUUUCCGUAGACACAGUGCCAACAUAAAUCUGCACCGUAAACUGUUGACCAAAGAACUGGAUGAUAUGGGACUGGAUUCCACUCAGCCCUCCCUUAGCAAGGACCUCCGAGAUGAGUUUUUGAUGAAGAUCUAUGGUGCUCAGCACCACAUGGGACUCGACCUAAGAGAUGACACCUCCUCUCCAGCUGGCACUGAAGAUUCUCACAUGAAUGGAUACGGGAGGGGGAUGGCUGAAGACUAUAUGGUCCUAGACCUGAGCACCACCUCCAGCAUUCAGUCCAGCAGCAGUAUCCAUUCCUCCAGAGAAUCUGAUGCAGGGAGUGAUGAGGGGAUUCUCUUAGAUGAUAUCGAUGGGGCAAGUGACAGUGGGGAGUCUGUGCACAAGGUGGAAGCCCCUACUCUCCCCGUAGGCCUAGGGGCUGAUGUUCCAGGAUCACUCAUGUUUAAUAGUGUAUCAAUGAGCAAUGGGGGGAUAAUGUGCAACAUUUGCCACAAAAUGUACAGCAACAAGGGGACUCUGAGAGUUCACUACAAAACAGUGCACUUACGAGAAAUGCACAAAUGCAAAGUCCCAGGUUGCAAUAUGAUGUUUUCCUCUGUGCGCAGCCGAAAUCGGCACAGUCAGAAUCCCAACCUUCAUAAAAACAUUCCCUUCACUUCAGUAGAUUAGUUUAAGGAUGGACAUUGCAAAUGCCAGCUCUCACAGAUGGCCUACAUAUUUGAACUGCCAUAAACAGUGUCUGUUUAUAUAUAUACAUAUACAUAUAUAUGUGUGUGUAUAUAUAUAUAUAUAUAUGUGUGUGUGUGUGUGUGUGUGUACAUGUAUACACCAUAUUGGGUGUGUGUAAAUGUACACAUGUUUAUAUGUAUGCAUAUAUAUGUAUAUGUAUAUAUGUAUACAUGCAUAUAUAUGUGUAUAUAUAUAUAUAUCUUUGUUCUUUUUAAGAAAAGGAAAGAAAAACCACCAGGUGCUUUAGAUGUUGUUUUUCUUUAUCCUUUGUGUUUUGGGGGAAAGGAUGGGAUCUUUCAUCUGGGGUGAAAAUUAAAUACCCUUUAAAAUGGCAUAUGUAAACUUGCAAUUAGCCCCAGUUUUGUCAUGAAAAAAUUUUUUGGUUGUCUCCAAAGACACAAUCUGUCAUAUCUAUGUCUGUUGCCUGCAAAAAAAAACCAGAAAAAAUGAAAAAAUGAAAUUAAAAAAGGAACUUCUACUUGUCUUUGUGAACUUUAAGAGAACCUUUAACUAAAGCAUGGCAGAUUCACCUGUAAAUACUUAGCCUUGAGAGGCCAAUGAUGUAAAACAAUUGUAUUGAUGGUUGUUUAACUCUUCCGUUUAAUUUUUACAGUUACAUUCAGCUGUUAGAUAUGCAGAAAAAAUAGUUUGCUGGCUAGCUCUAUUCAUUUAUGUUAGCUUUAAUGCACAUUUUUAAAAGAAACAUGGUCUUGUUUUUACUACCUGCUAGAUAUAGUGAUGAAGAAGUGCUAGCAUGCUUUACAAGCACUCAUCUGAUAAAAAAAAUUUGUCUUGUACUAAUUACAUAAAUCCAGUCAUGCACUUUUUUUCAUACACUACAAGGGGAUGUGUAAUAUCCAUGCUUCUUUUUUUAUCCUUAACCUAUUGCCAUACUUCAGUAAGUGUCUUUAAAAAACAUACACUUAGAUAAAAAAUGGUCUGGUCAGUAUAGGGCAUGAAUGCCAAAUGAAAGUAUUAGUGUUAUCACAAAACUGCCAACUUUGCACAAGUUUUCAGAAAAGAAAAUAGAAUUAGACACUCACCAUAACCACAGUCAAUUUGUUGGCCACCAAAAAAACUGCUUAGAUUAAAAAAAGGCACUUGGUGAUUCUUUCAAGUGCUGAAUGUUGUUAAAAUCAAUAUUGCAUCCUUUUUGCUUAUAUGUUGUUACAAAAAGGCAAGCAGAAUUAUGUGGUGUGAAACUGCCAAGGCAUUUCUUCUUUUAAGCAAGGAUACUAUUUCAGGACACAAAAACCUAAACUGCUCACUGCAGAAACAAAGCUGAAUUCCAUAAACGGACUUGGUGUCAUUUUCUAGCCUUUGCUUUUGUGUCAUUAAGCAACAACAAAAUCAUCUUGGGUGUUGUUCUGUUAUAUGACUAUCUUAUCUGCAGCAAGCACUGCAGUAGUAUGAUUAAGGCCUGUUUGAUAGAAGCAGUCAAAAGACAUUUAAUGCAAAAGCACUUCAGAUUUUGAAAACAUGUGCUGAACUUUGAUUGAGCAACUUUCCCCUUCAGAUAGUCCAAAGAAGGGAAAAAGAUAGGGUCUCUCACUGUUUCAUGUUGUGUGCUUCCCCACGUUUUGUCAGAGAAGAAUUAAAGAGAGCAAGGAUCAGAGUAAUUGAGAGUGAGAAGGAAGGAGAGAAAGGUCUCCAAAUCCUUUUUUUUUUUAGUUUGUUUCCGGUGUUUACACAUGUUGCCUGAGUUGGUAAACCACACUGGCAGUCUAAGCUACCACAACAUACUGACUAAAUGAUGAUAUUUACUUAAGUUCAGCCUAUAGCCAAAACCAUUAGGGUGUGUAUUGUAGACAAAAAAAAGAAGAAAAAAAGAACUAUUUCAACAGUUGAUAUGAUACUAACAUAAGAGAAUGUAUUUCUUUUCUAUAUUUAAUGGCCUAGCACAUUUCUCUUGUUAAUCUCAAACUCAGAAAUGCCCUUUGUUUUACGCUUCAGGUUAUUUUCAUGUUUCAUACAUUUUGUAAAAAAUUUUUUGUGUUCCCAUCAGCAUUCACUUCCGUUAAAUUUGCCAAAGGAAAUUGUUAAUAUGUUUCUUUUUUUCUUCCCUUAGGAUUUGUACCUCACAGUAUUUAUUGUUUCAAAAAAUAAGCAUCAUUAACUGAGAAGUUAGUAUCUGCAUUCAUAGAAAUUUCAGAAAUAGUAGACUCAUGUGAAAGAUAUGUUUAGAUACAUCCAGGAGCUUUAUCUUUUUUUUAAUUGAUGCUUUGGGGUUCUUUUAGCCCUCCUAAUUUUACAGUUAGAAAAGACCAAAAGUAUUUGCAGAUACAGAAGAAACUAUCAAAAAACUACAUGUUGAACAAGAAAUGUUUACGGUGAAAAGCUGAGGAAUUAUUAAUAACCACCUUUUUGUUUAUUGUGAGCUUUUUUAUUUUUCCAAAAGUCUUAAUUGCUUUUUUUAUUAAAUUUAAUAGAGAUAUUUUGCUUUGUUUUUUGCCAUACAUUUCCGUAUGCAGUAUGAUUGUGAGCAAUGAAACUAGAAUAAUGAAUGUGCAUUCUUCUCAAACAUAUGGACCCCUUUAGUGCUACCUAUCUUGUGCUAUUGUCACCAUCCCAAAUUAUUUCAUGCCAAAAGUGCGGGAAAACAUUUGUAAAAAUCCAACCCAAAUAACUAAAGAAUAUCUAUGAAAAAAGCCUGUUUUUGAAGUGUCUACAAUCUAAAUAAAUGACACAUCUGGUUUUAUUAAAACAAAAAAAUUUUUAUUUUAAUAGUCUAGAAGAGUUAUAUACCAUGAUUGAGGUAUUAGAAAUGAUCACCUACCAAAUCAAUGCCUACUCUGUAUUUUUCAUAUUACUUCAGGGUCAGUUAAAAGGUCAAACAAUCUUAGUAAACUAGUUAGAAAUAGCAAUCAGCAGCUCAUGUCAAAAAACAAACUUGGCUGAGAACUCUAGUGUGUUUGUUACACAUGGUAAACCAUAUUGACACAGUAAUUAGUCAGGUUUAGAGAGAAACCAGUGUAGGAAAAUAUGUAAUAAAAUAUCCCCCACACAUAAGCCUGCAGUUUGUCCUAUAUUGGGAUCCCAUCCUGGUAGUCUGCAGAUAACGACAAAGUCACCAAUCCACAGCACAUUUACUAGUCUGCUCUCUCUUCCCCACUAGAAAAGGCUGCAAUCUUGAUUACUAGUCAGAAACCUAAAAGAAGGCAGUAGUAUACCUAUGGCCACAGCUAAUACUUCUACCGUAAGUCUAGUUGAAAAGUGGGUGUGGAGAGUCCGAUUUUAAUGCAUUUUAAGGCCCUUGAGAACUUUAUCCAUGCCUGUUUAACUCCAUAGGUAAUUUCUCUCACUGGACAUCUUAGAUGGGUCUCAUGAUGUAAGAAACUUGGUGAGGUUGCAUAUUCCUUCAUAAAGGGCUACUCCCAUGAAUUGACUUCAGCCACUCUAUCACCAAUACAGAGUUAUGUGACAUAGUUAAUGUGCAUGCUCCCUAACUAAUGCUUUAAACUUCCUAUUUUCAUCCUUUCAAAAUAUACAUAUAUAUAUAUUUUGUAAAUACUAAAAGGGUUUCAUCUGCUGUAGGGAAUAAUCCUACAUACUGAAUUGAGAGAGAGAGAAUGCACCAUGUUUUGUCUUCAGUGUUGAUUUUUUUUAAAGUGGGAAGAACGCCUGUGCUGUCAGAAAAACACAGUGGGCUCUAGUUUAAGUUUAUUUGAAAUAGCAAACUCCUAAACACAGUUCAGUCUCUGUCUGGAAAUCACGUUUCAUUCUGCUCUAGGUAUUUUAAAAGAGUCAAGGUGUUAGCAUCCCAUCUCCCUCUCACCUUCUCUCAGAUGCCCAAUAACUGCUAAAUGUAAACCCUUCCAAGCCAGUCCAGUGGUGUCACUGUAAAUACAGACCAGUGCCUACAUAGUGUGAGCCCUUGCUCCCUGGAUCCCAGUUACAUUCUGUAGUACCAGGAAGGCACAGGUUAGCUGAACCAUUUAGCACUUUCACAUUGCUCUAAAAGAGCUCUAAAAAUGUCCUGCUUCCAAGAAUGGCCGAUUCCCAGGGAACCAUGCUUUCUUCAACCAGGGGAAACCAGGCACUAGACUUCUGCUAACUAAACUGUGCACUUUCUUGUUUUCUUCCUUCAUUCAUUCCAGGACUGGCCCAACCAAAUGAGCAUGGACCAAGGGGGAAAUAAAAAAGGGAAAACAAGUCACAAUGUGAGCAGGUAUCUGUCCACUUCUAAAUAAGACCUCCUUUAACCAAAAAGGAAACAGAAGCAGAUUGAGAGGUUAUAACUUGGUUCAUUGACAUUGCAUUAGAUCAACGUAUUCAAUUAAAGGAAACUGUAAUAAAACACUGCCCAUCCGUUACCCCAAAUGUACACAUCACCUGAAAGAAACAGAUUUGUUUCCACACAGACACACCUCUGUUUUUCUUGCUUUAUAUAGACAAAACUAUUGGUUUCAUCCAACUCACCAACACACUGAGUAAAUUUGGAAUAGUGUUAUCUGGAGUCAGGGCAUCUGACUAGAUGGCCUCUUGAAGUCCCUUCUAAUCCAUUGAUUCUGGUUGUGAGGGCAGGGGAAGGGGGCUCAUGGUUGCAGUAUCACUUCUGUGAGAGAGGAAGUGAAGAACAAAUCCCAAACAUGCAGAUGAAGGAAUGCUAGCAUUCUUUGUAAGGAAAAGGUGAGAAGUAGAUGCAAAGAAGUAACUCGAGUUCUCAGAAGAUGUGGCAGAUGUACUGAGAAUACAGAAAAGAUCACUGGAGCCCUUCUGAGAGGGAGGAAAUCAGGAAGGGGUGGAGGCAAGUGAGUUGAGAAAAAUGAAAAUGCAAAAGGUCAACUAGAGCUCUCUGACUAGAGAAGCAAUUGGUAGGCCUAAACUGGAAUGGUAGAAAGGGAGGAGUUGGGGCAAGUGGUAGCUAGAAUGGGCCAAUUUUCUUUUUGGUCACUAUUUAGUUUGCUGCUAUGGCAACAAAGUCAGAACUCCAUUGCUAUUUGGAUAGAUAAGGAUCUGUUGAUCAAAAGGUGGUCACAUGAUCAGUCUCUCUAGGGGGAAGGAAAGGAACUUUUUUUCCCCUUCUUCAUCUUUGUUUUUUACCCAGAGCUACACCAUCUGCUGGCUUGAACCCUUCAUCUACAUGUUAAUGCAAGUCUACAUCCUACCACCCUGUAUCUUUAUUUGGCAAGCAGUAUGAUGAUUCCUUCAGAAAGUAUCUAUGGCAGAAUGAAAGAGUGGCUCACCCAAGUUGCUAUCAUGCUCCCUUAUUAUUUUAUUUUAAUGAGCUCUAAAACAAUGUAAUCCAUUAAAUAUCUUGUAUGUAGAUUUCUGGUCAUAUACUAGUCCAGGGUAGUCUUGAACUUAAUAGAAAUAAAUCUUCAACCCCUUGCUUUGGCUAAUUGCCAACAAUUUCUGGAUAUAGCAUACUCUUUUGCAUUUGGCAAUAUCUCUGAGAAAUCGAAACUUCUUGACACCACAGAGUUAAAAAACAAAACAAAAACCUAGGCAUAUUUACAAGUAUGCUGUCUUGAGUCAGUAUUACUGUUCAUUAUGAUACUCUAUUAAAGAAGAAGGAACUUACUGUAGUUGUCAUAAAGCUAUUUUUUCAUUCUUCUCAUCUAAAGUGUGUUGUUGUAAAUUCAUUUGACCUUUACUGCAAAAAAAAUAAAUACUUCUUUUUUAUAUAAGGUAUCAAGACAAGGCUCAGUUUGUAACAAAUAGUGGACCAUUAUGAAACAAGAAAAAAACUCAACUAGAGCAGCAAGAAGCUUCAGUUCAAUUUCACCUCAUAUCUUUCUAAUAACUUACUUGUCACUUUAUUACCUUCCAGUAAUGUGAACGCUACUGACAAGACUGUCACACUAACAGCAGACAACACCCUCUCUUCUUCAGCCCCAGAUCUCCUGGCUACUUAUUGCACUGGCCCUGAAGGGACACAAACUAAUAGUGUGCUUUCAAGUUCAGCACUUGGCCAUCAAAUAUAAAAGGAUGCGUAAUUGCCUGUUUAUCCCUGGUGAAGGGGAAAUUGAGUACAAGAAGUAGGCUUUCCCACUGAGUUUCCUGAUGCACACACACAUUCACACACAAACUCUCUCUCUCUUGCUCUCGCUCUCUCUUUCUCUCUCACAGACCACACACACACACACACACACACACACACACAAACACACACGAACAUGCACACUUCUACAGUGAGUGAAAGGUGGAUGUCUAUGAUAUGUCUUUGGGAAGCCCAAAGGCUGCCCCCAACUGCUCUCUCCAGCUAUCAGGCAGACAGUAACAAGAUGACUUCUUAAAGGGUCAGCAGAGAAAUGCUGUCUGGGAUGGCCCUUUUUGUCGGCUUCUGCAAAAACUAACCGUGGCACGUCUUCACCAGACCAUUUGGGGAUGGCUGGGAAAGACCCCAAGCCUUGGCUCCAGAGAGCCAAACCAAACACAAGGCACAUUGGAGAUGUGUGUAUUUUCCUAGAAGGGAACCUUGGAGGAAAAAGAAAAAAAUCCUGAUCUGAUUGUUUUUUGUUUUUUUUCCCCCUAUGAAAUAGGGCCUUGCCACAGUCAAUAUGCCCUUCUUUGGCAGGUUGGCUGAGCAUGAUUUUGUAGAGGAGGAAGUAGGUACAGUGAUUUUAGCAUUGAAUCAGGGGCCGUAAUGUACAGAUAGACCUCUCCAGAGACUUGACUCUCCUGAGCUAGGAGUGAAAGCUGAAGAAUAACCAUCCCAUUUUCCAUUAAUUCACCUGAACUGAUAAUCUAAACAGAACAUUUGGCAUUACCUGCCUCUUAAAAUAAAUUCAAAUAGCAUUUAGCAUGUUUGAAAAAUGAAAGUCCCAUACCCACUUGGAAAUCUGGAUAAAAGCAGUGUAAUCGAUGAGAUGUGAUGGUCCACUUUGAAUGAACAACUGAGAGGAAUACACGAAAACAUUUUGGUUCCCAAACCCCUUGAUCUAAAAGAGAUCUGUAUGUAAACGAUGCCAUUUUUGUACUGUUGAACUGCUGUGUGAUACUGAGGAAGUGACAUCUUGGAGAUUAGUGGACAGCAGCAUCAUUUUGCCGCCCCUUAAUUACAAUCUGCUUUUUGAUAGCACAUAGCAAAUCUAGGGGUGUGUGCCACUUGGGCCACCUUGUCCCUCCCCGUGGAGUGCUGUCAGCCGUAUAAUGUGUGAAGGCUCCUUCCUUCCUCAUAAUGCACAUGCACAUUGACUCAAAACCCAUCAGCAAAGCUACCAGAUGGGAAAUGAAUGGAUGUUAUCUUUGAAGGGAGCUGAGGAAAGGGGAAAGGGAACAGCAGACAAUUAAGCAAAUAUGUAGCAACAGAUCCAGGUUGGGCUAGGACUUUUUCACAGCUGAUGCUGGAGAUUGCAAGUGAAAGCAGAGCACUUUGAGAGGAGUCUUUGGGUUGGGGUAGGGAGAGUAAUUGUGUUUUCUGGAGUUGCCUGGUCUGUUUCUGUCUAGCUCUAGGCAGACAUUUAUCAAAAGGAGACUUAUAACAGAGUCUUCUAUAAAGUGAAUAUGGAGUCUUAUACUUGUAUUAAUAUAAAAAUUGAGUUGCCAAAAUUGUAGGGAUUCUGCCCUCUUACUAAUUUUAAUUUUUUUCUAGCCCUAAGUAACAGGAGAAGCCUAAAUAUGUUUUUGAGAAAAAUGGAUUCAGGACAUUUUUCUUUUUAGUAUGUGCCAUCCUGUUGGGGAUGAGGGUAGAGAACAAAGUAUUUUAGCAAAAAUAGAGAAAAGGAUUCCAUGUAAAUAUAUUGCUUGAGAAGAGAGUAGCAGCGUGGCAGGCCAUGGUUUUAUAAGGCUUCCGUUGCCAAAUGCGACACUGAGAUAAUGCAGUUAAGAUGGUUAACUCAUUAAUUGUUAAUCAGACUCUGCCCGCUUCUGUUAGAGAAUGCAAGAAUUGAGGAGUUGACUCUGGGGAGGUGAUAACUCCAGGUGUGUGUGUCUGUGUGUGUGUGUGUGUGUUUGUGUGUCUGCAUGUUAUCUAUCUGUGUAUCCGUAUGUGUCAGAAAAGGGGCAAAGAAAACAAAAACCUUCCAAAGGUCCAUGUGCAAGGAAGAGAAAAUGGCCUGGAACUAUUUUAGUAGGCGUCUACCUGCCUUCAUUUACAAUGCUGGGAGAGAAUGUGUCUGUCCUUGUUCUGGCUGUGAAUUGUUAUGGUAGCUACGUGAAGCAUUGAUUCAUGAGGUAUUGCUCUUAAACUCCCAGACAAUGUGUUGAGUUAAUAGGUUCACUUGAGAUGUAUAAACUAAGGCUGAUUGUUUAUUUUUUCAUCUAGUACUCCAUUUAAAGAGUUUUUGCAUGUCUUUGUAGUCGCUCCAACCUUUCAUUCCCUACCCUUGUCUCCCUCACUUCCCCAUCAUCAUACCCAUGCCCUGCUCACCCUCAUUGGCUCCACCCCUCAAAAAUGAUCUUGGACAAAAAACACCAACUUCAUUCUAUGCUAUCCUGAGUCCGAUCCCCUUGGAAACAUUUGUGUGCCCUAUCCCACAUGGGUUUAUCAUCCAUAAAGUGAAUAAGUGAGUGAGAUGUUCUAGCAUUAUAUAUUAAUCUGAUAUGACUUAAUAUCAAAAACUCUGAAAUCUGGAGCAGUAGUUUUCUGGUGCACACUGGUUCAGCUGCCCUACAUAGAGAGAUUAGCCCAGGCCAGCAGCCUCACUGUUACAAAUCAUUAUGGACAGGGAACAGGUCUGUUGAUUCUCUCAUAUUGUAGUCUCCCAAGCGCUUAGAAGAGUGCUCUGCACAUAAUAAGUGCUCGAUAAAUUCCAUUGAUUGACUGAUUGGAUGGGGAAAGAAGAAUCGACUGGUUGGAAAAUGCAGGAAGCAUAUUCAUGAGCCCUACCAGGAAAGAAAAUGAUUUAACGGUCACGUAGUCGUGGUUCCAAGAAAAAAAAACAUCAUUCCCAUUUCCAGGAGUGUCCUUGACUCUUGCCUGGUAUACUUUAUAGUUAAGAGGGCUUUCCCCCUGCUUUUUCCUGGUCCCCAGUGAGGCAAGGGUGGGGCUGGGGGAAGGGGCAGAAGUGAUCUCCCCAGUCCUAAUGAAGUUGAGCAACAUCUUCAAAUUCAUUCUAGGCAGAAUAUGUGUUCUGAAGCAGUUGUUUCACUGGGGUUAUAGUUUACAGUAGCAGUGACCAGUUUCAAGGAAACUGAAACUCUUAGAGAGGCAGGUUAGGGGGUUGACUAUUUCGGUUUCCAUCAUCUUUCAAACACUAGGAACAAGUGAAACUGGAGUGCCGUGCUAAACCUCUCAGCAGAACCAAAGCCUGCACCACAAAAUUGAGCUGCACCGGAGAUGUGAAAAGCUUGCAUCACAUAACUGUGUCAUCGGUAGCUUCAUAAACACUGUAUGUAUACCAAGCAAGGUUGUUCCAUUAGUAGGCUGAGGGAAUUAAAAGUCUUUUUUUCCUUCAUUUGCUUUGUCUUUCAUUGUAUUUUCUGUACUAUAACUGUCUGCAGUACAUCUUUUGCAUAAAAUGCAUAAGGGUUUGGGGAUGUAAAUGGAAUUUUAUUCAUAUUUUGUCCAGAUACCUCUUGUAAUUUGUAUCAAAAUUCUUGUACAAUUUUUAUAUUAAAGAUUUAUCAGUCACUGA